AUGACAAACAAAAUUAUAGCAAAAGGAGAUACGGUAUACAUAAAAAUAUCACCAGAUAUUCACGAGAUCUCGAUGGAACAGCAAGUAUUCUUUUUGAGACUAACUGAGGGCAUUUUUGGAUACAGCGAGCAAAUUAGAAAUGAAAGACUUAGAAUUUUGGCUUCAGAUUGUAAUAUCCAGUAUUUACUUCCCUAUUUAAGUACUUUUAUAAGAGAUGGAAUCCACGCGAAUAUAGCCUAUCCCGACUUAACAUUGUUAAUAUAUUGUGUACGUAUGGUAAAGAGCCUUUUGGGUAAUCCACAUAUAAACCUAUUUCCAGUACUGCAUGAGAUCAUUCCAGCCAUUUUGUCAUGUGCGUUGGCACGGAAAAUAAGUAAAUAUUAUUACGAUAACCAUUGGACUUUACGAGAUUUUUCUGUGUUUUUAACAGCUACCAUUUGCGAAAAAUAUAAUAACCCAGUUAAUAAUAUAACAAAUAGGGUAAUAGGAAUAUAUUUAAAACCUUUAAAAAACUGCGCAAAGUAUCAUCUAACUUCUAUGUAUGGGGCCAUCAAAGGACUAGGCAGUUUGGGUGAUGAAGUAAUUAAAACUUUUUUACUUCCCCAUUUAUGCAAUAUUGGGAAAAUAUUGUUUCUUUUGUUUGAACAAUCCGCAAGUACCAUUACGCUGAAAGAAAACAACCAAGUCCUUUUGGAAGCCAAACACUUAAGAAGUGUUGUUUUAAAUGUUGUUGCUCCUGUUUUACUAAAAACUAAUAAUGUUAAUGACGGCGGUUUAAUGUAUUUGCAGCAAUUUGGGUAUAUUGGCAGAUUUCUUUACCUCGAGAAAGUAAGCGAAGUUCUUUUGGAUACAUCCAAUAUUUUGUUGGAAGUACUUCAACAGUAG